AUGGAGCACGCCGCGCUGGGAGCCACCAAGCACUCGUCCAGAAUGUCCCAGACCACCACAACCCAGACAAGCUCUUCUGGUGUGAGACAUCAGAAAAAAGCCGCUCUGGUGUGCUUUGACACCUGUUUAUCCGCCCUCUAUCCCCUGACUUGGAACGAGGGCUGA